AUGGUGGCGUCUGAGUAUGAGAAAUGCGACCAUUUUGAAGACGGGUUUAGGGUUCUGAUUGCUCCGCAAAGGGAGCGUGAGUUUUCUGUUCUUGUGGAUAAGGCAAAGAUCACCGAAGAAGUUAAGUGCGUGGAGCGCCAAAAUAAGGACCGAGAGAGAGGAAAGAAUAAGAGGGAUUCCAAGCCCUCUAAUUCUCGGGCUGAUCAGAUGCAAGCUUCAGAACCGAGUUUUGCACAGCCUCAGAGCGCAGUUCAAGAGCCACCUAAGAGCCAUGGAUCAGCUAGGUGUGGUAAUGGUAUAGGCCGAGGACAGAGAGCAUUGGGUCGAGGUGCUACUCAGACUAAGAGGGUCAUUCUGAGGACUGAGGAUGAUAAGGAAGUGGUUGUGAUCGGUGAGCAUCGGGAUUAUCUGUCCAAUGUCAUCUCCGCUCUUGUUGCUAAGAAAUUGGUUCAGAAAGGGUGUGAGGUGUAUUUGGCUUACGUCAAUGUUUCUAUUUCUAGGGGCUCUUCUGUCAAAGAUAUCAGAACAAUAAGAGAUUUUCUGGAUGUCUUUCCUAAAGAGUUACCGCGUUUACCUCCGAAUCAAGAGGUUGAGUUCAGCAUUGAGCUUCUACUGGGUACAGCUCUGGUGUCCAUCGCUCCAUAUCGUCACAUAGUUUCUGCUGAGAGGAUUCGAGUUUAUCCUAGAAAGAUUGAAGCUGUGCUAGAUUGGAAACACCCGAAGAACGUAUAUGAGAUCUGUAAUUUUUUGGGUCUUGCGGGUUAUUAUUGGUGGUUUGUUAAGGGGUUCUCUCUGAUUACAACUCCUUUGACUAAGCUUUUGAGCAAGGGAGUUCCUUUUAUUUGGACUGAUGCGCAAGAAUCGAGCUUCGAGAAGCUCAAGUUUGUUCUAACUCAGGCUCUCGUUCUGAUACAUCCUAGAUCUAGUAAGGCGUUUGUGGUGUACUGGUGUAAGAUGCGUCGAUGGAUCGAGCUGCUUAAAGAUUAUGACUGGACAAUAGAGUAUGAUCCUGGCAAGGCUAAUAUGGUGGUCGAUGCUUUCAAUCAUAGAGCGAUGACUGAUUUAAGAGCGAUGUUUGCUCGCCUUAGUCUGUUCAAUAAUGGAGGCCUGUUAGCCGAAUUGCAAGUUAAGCUGACUUGGAUUGAUCAGAUUCGAGAUAAGGAGUUAGAGGAUGAGUCUCUGGGAUCAUCGAAGGUGGUUUCUGAUAGACAGAAGUCUUAUACAGAUUUGAAAAAGAGAUAUAUCGAGUACUCUGUGGGUGAUUUCGUGUUUCUUAAGAUUCUGAAGUGUGUGGGACCGAUCGCUUAUCAGUUGGAGCUACCUCCAGAAUUUGACCAUAUCCACGAUGUGUUUCACGUUUCGAUGUUGAGACAGUAUCGGUCAAAUCCAUCUCAUGUUGUCUCUGUCGAGGAGAUCGAGGUUAGACCGGAUUUGACUUUUGAGGAGAAGCCAGUUCAGAUUCUAGAUCGUGAUAUUAAGGUUUUGAAGAGGAAGUCCAUUCCGUCGGUAAAGGUUCUGUGGCAGAAUCACGGCAAUGGGAAAGCCACGUGGGAACCUAAGGACUUGAUACGUCAGUAG